AUGCCUCCACCGGCGGUCCCAGAGAUCUCAGAAGAGGUUUUGCAUGAAUCAAUUGAUGCUCGUACCGAGACCUUGGCGUCAUUGCGCGAACUUGGCCCUCCCGAUCUGGUCCAUCUCCUGAAACAGAACCUCAGAAAUACUGGGAAACAGACUGGAGUAUAUCACCAUGUUACCGGUGUCGAUGCCUCCUCGUCAGCUAGUCUUGCUGCCUACAUCAACACCCUCACAUACAAGGAGCAUGGCCAAGUUGCCACCCACAAGAUCGUAGAAGGUUUAUACUGCUGCUACAAUGCCUUCUCCAGAUUUGAUAUGCGCGUCCAUGUUACCAUUCCCGGUACUGUCGAAGCUUACUGCGUUGACGAAAGGGGGGAGAAGCGAAAGGCGACGGACGAACUAUGGCUCGAAACAUACCUCUGCAGUGUCUUACGUGCCUAUUCGUACGCCGACGACGGAAGCGGCGAGACCAUCAGGAAGAUUAUGGGUGUCAGGCGCUUCAACCCCGUUACCAACACCGAGACCGAGCAUCGUUUUCUUAGCGCCGCCGAAAGUCUCUUCUUCAGAGGAUGGCAACUGGGCUCUGACUCAGUAGUCCAAGUUCCAAAUAACGUAUCGAACCACCUAACUGCAGGUCUGCUCAAAUACUUCCAUACUACGGGACGUUUUGCUUCGGCCAUCAACCUCUUCGAGAAGCUGAGGACCCAGAACGUCGAAGUAUCGUCCCUCCUUGCUAAGGUCUUGUUCAUGGGCAACGAAGAAGUGCAGGGUGUACGUAUAUUAUACCAGGCGCUUAAGGACUCACCGAUGGAUUAUGUCAUGCUAGACACGCAGGCCGAUUUCCUGCUAAAGAAGGCGUUGGCAGCUGAGACCCCGGCGCAAAAGGAGGAGAGGCUCAAGAUGGCCUUGGGCUGUGCUGAUCGCAGCACCAUUGCUGCGCCAAGCGAAUUUGGCACGUGGGCAAGAUUGGCGCAAGUAUAUGUUGCCAUGGAGGACUGGGAAAACGCACUCACGAUCCUCAACUCGUGUCCGAUGUUCACUUACCAGGACAAGGAUGCCCCAGUUAUGCCAGAGCCGAAGGAUGUCUACCUCCCUACCUUGCCUGAGACGCGCCUUGAGGAGAUCGACAGCGAACCUGAAUCCCGAUAUUCCGAACAAGUAGACCCCAGUUUGCUCAAUCUCCGCGCCGCGUCAUAUCGCGGUACCUUUAAGUUAGCCUACGGAAUCCUGACAGAAAUGACCGCAAAGAUUGGCUGGGACCAGCUCCUGAAAAUUCGGAGUAAUGUCUUCGUCAUGGAAGACGAAUACCGAACCGAGAAGCAUGAUAGUGUCACGCAACCUCCGUCAACAAAGCGAAACCCGAGUACUGAUGGGUUGCGCGGUACUCCGGAGCCGACAACUAACGGCGAUCAUACCGAUGAGGAAGAUGAAGAUGAUAAGAGUGCAGUCGAUGCCGAUUCGACAGCGCCCACUCUAACGAAUGGACAUGGUGAAGCGAGUAGCGUAGAAAAACCGACCCAUACUAUUGAUCCUGGUGAGGUUAAGGCAGACGGUGAUACCAGCGCCACUACCGAUGAACAUCUCUCACGCUUAAACAAUAAGCGCUUAUGUGAGAGAUGGUUGGAUAGUCUCUUCAUGGUGUUAUACGAGGACUUGCGCGUAUAUACGAUAUGGAGAACGCAAAUGGCGCAAUACAGGGCACAGUCGAUGCAGUACAAGAAGUCGGCCGAGGAAUGGGAGAUUCUAGGCGCCCUAGCGGAGCGUCUUCAGCAUCAUGACGAGGCAGUCGAGGCGUACAGGGCGUGCCUUGCCGCACGAUUCAGUCCGAGAGCGUUAUCCGGCAUUUUACGAGCUUUCGAGAAGCAGAAGAACACGCGAGACACCGUGGCUGCCGUCAUUCGUCUUGUGACAUGGCAGUACCGUUGGUACUCGGAGUUUUCUCCCGAACUCCUUCACACGAUACGCGCAUUGAUCGAGGAAGAAGGCGCGGUCAAAGUUCGAUCCAUCAUCCAAGCCACAAGUCUACCGCAGAAUGUGUUAGAUCUAACUCAUCACUACGCCGCAUUGUGUGCUACGUUUAGAAGUAGUGGAACAGAUGGUUGA